AUGGCUUCGAACGCUGCCUGUAUCUUUUGCAGGAUCAUCAAGGGUGAGAUCCCUUGCAUGAAGCUCUUCGAGAGUGACCGCGUCCUGGCAUUCUUGGACAUCCAGCCUCUUAGCAGAGGUCAUGCGCUUGUGAUUCCCAAGUACCACGGUGCUAAACUCACUGAUAUCCCGGAUGCAGACCUGACCGAGCUCUUGCCGGUUGCGAAGAAGAUUGCCAUUGCUGCUGGUGUGGCUGAUUUCAACAUUCUCCAGAACAACGGCCGGAUAGCUCAUCAGGUUGUGGACCAUGUCCACUUUCAUAUGAUUCCAAAGCCCAAUGAACCGGAAGGUCUCGGCAUUGGCUGGCCUGCCAAGGAAGCAGACAAGGAAGACCUCAAGGUUCUCUUGGAAGAGCUUAAGUCCAAGAUGUAG